UAAUGGCUUACGUACGGAAGUCUGGCGGGGUGGAGAACAAAGAAAAAAAAGUGAAAAAAAAAACUAAAGAAAAACAGCCGGUAGAAGUUAAGAAUGAAAAGAUAGUCGCAAUUGAUGAUAGCGAAGACAUUUUUGCAGACUCUGGAAGGGACUAUCAAGUUACUGUAGAUGAUGAAAGGUCCGAAGAGAAGGUUGAGGAUGAUGUUGCACCUUCGGUUAGUUCAGAAAUCGACAAUAGUAAUAAUAAUUACUUCGGUACAUCCGUGGCUGAGAUUGAAGACGAUCCAAUGGACGUUGACAAAUCGCAAGAAGUUCAGAAAUUGCAAAGUCUGAUACAACAAGCUGCAGCCAACGGAGUCAAGAACACCGAGGAAAAUUCUGGUGCAAGUCCAGGAAAAGAAAGCUCGAGAUCCGUAAAAGGAGAAGGAAUCAAGAAAAGGUUGUAUGGUCAAGACAGUUAUGAUGGAGAUUAUUCAACAUAUGGUCUUGGAAUUGACAUGGUAGCAGGAACGCGAGAAAGUGCUUAUGAUUCUGGUCACUCGGAUUCCGAUUCAGAUGGAACAGGCGUCGAACAUACCAUCCGAGAUCAGGGAGUUACCAAGAAUAAAAAGGCUCAAUUAUCCAAAUGGGAUUUUGACACAGAAGAAGAUUGGCAAGCAUACAAGAACAAUGUUACGGCGAUGCCUAAAUCCGCAUUCCAAUUUGGAGUUAAAACCGGAGAUGGUCGUAAAACACGAAGGAGUGGCAGAGAACUCACGGAAAAGCAAAAGUUGGAUAGAGACUUCCAAAAGAUCAGCAGAAUAAUGGAACAAAAGUAUGGUAAAGACGAGAGCGAAGAAGGAAAUUCGCGGAAGAAGCAAAAAAAUUGA